CCGGAAGGAGCCGCCCCCUGCGUCCAGCCGGGAGGAGAAAGCCCGGAUGUCGCGUCCGAGUGAAGCCCAACCCACCGGAAGUCUGCACUCUCACUUCCGGUCGGCAGGUUCGCUUUCCCUCCCGCGGAGGGAGGGAGCUAAACGCGAAGAAGAAUCAGUUUCUAGUAUCUUUGUUAUUCUGCCAAGAAGAAAAGGCCUUCGGGGAGCUCGCGCGGCCGGCGUCCCAGGGAGCCCAUUGGCCGGAGCACCGCCGGGACCCGCUUCCGGUCCCUGCUCUCUCCUUCCCCCCAUCUCCCUGUCUGCUCUCUCUUCCCCCCCCCCCACUUCAGAGCCCAAAAUGGCGCCCCUAGACCUGGACAAGUACGUGGAGAUUGCGCGGCUCUGCAAAUACCUGCCCGAGAACGACCUCAAGCGCUUGUGUGACUACGUGUGUGACCUCCUGCUGGAAGAAUCUAACGUGCAGCCUGUUUCAACACCGGUUACAGUCUGUGGAGACAUACAUGGACAGUUUUAUGAUUUAUGUGAGUUGUUCAGAACUGGAGGUCAAGUUCCGGACACAAACUACAUAUUUAUGGGCGACUUUGUAGACAGAGGUUACUACAGCCUUGAGACGUUCACUUAUCUUCUUGCUCUGAAAGCCAAAUGGCCGGAUCGCAUCACCCUUUUGCGUGGAAAUCAUGAAAGCAGACAAAUAACACAAGUGUAUGGAUUUUACGAUGAAUGCCAGACCAAAUAUGGUAACGCUAACGCUUGGAGAUACUGCACCAAAGUAUUUGACAUGCUCACCGUUGCCGCGUUGAUAGACGAGCAGAUCCUUUGCGUCCACGGGGGCCUCUCUCCAGACAUCAAAACACUGGAUCAGAUCCGAACCAUUGAGCGCAACCAAGAGAUUCCACACAAAGGAGCUUUUUGUGACCUUGUCUGGUCUGACCCAGAAGAUGUCGACACCUGGGCUAUUAGUCCCCGGGGUGCAGGCUGGCUUUUUGGGGCAAAAGUCACCAAUGAGUUUGUCCACAUCAACAACCUAAAGCUCAUCUGUCGCGCCCACCAGCUGGUGCACGAAGGCUAUAAAUUCAUGUUUGAUGAGAAACUGGUCACGGUAUGGUCUGCUCCAAACUACUGCUACCGCUGUGGAAAUAUCGCCUCAAUCAUGGUCUUUAAAGAUGUAAAUACCAGAGAACCAAAGCUCUUCCGGGCAGUCCCAGACUCAGAACGUGUGAUCCCUCCACGAACGACCACACCGUAUUUCCUCUGAAACAUUGCUCAGCCCUUCUUCGUACUGUGUUUUUUUGGCCUCCGAGACACACUUUUUAUCAAGCACUUUGCUGCUGAAAUGCUGCCUCUUGCCUCUUCUUUAUUUUUAAAUUAUCUACGUGUUGGAUGUUUGUAUUGAUGCUCCCCUCCCUCCCUCCCUCCCAUUCCUCUUGAUUCUCCCCCCCGCCCCAGCUCCCAGACUUAAUUUGCUCUUCGUUCUUGCAUAUUUAUGUUUUUUUUUUCUUAGGGAAAACCAUCUUUUUCCCUUAAAAAAAAAUUAAAAUGAAGCAAGAAAGAUAUCAGAACUGGUCCAAUCUGCUUAUUUCACCCAGGGGUUUGUCUUUGGGGAGGCCAUAUUAUUAUUUCGGACAAGAUUUUAAGGAAUUUCAGCAGCAAAGUUGUAUUUAGGGUGAGACUUUGGAUUCCAGUGGCCGCACAAACGUGCCCAAAAUAUACCAGCGAAUGGUCCUAGUUUGUAUCUUGUUUUAAGUCCGUAUAAGUAAAUGGUCUAAAAGGCUGCCCUGAUCUUGUUUGGGGGCUUGUUUUUAUUUUUUAGGAUUCAAACUAAAAUAGAAAAAGAAAAGAAAAAACCCACCACAGGUAUUUGAAUUUGUACAUUAAAAUAAUUGUUCCUGAUUCUUUUCAGAUACCUUGUAUUUUUUAAUAAAGUCAUAUCUUGAACUUGGCCUCUAGGUUAAACAUUCAAAAUAAAACCAUACGUUGUUGAUGUAAA